GAGUUUCGUGCAACUUCGUCUGAGACGAGCAUCUUCUGCGCUUCCACGCUAGCUAAGCUGAGAUUACUGGAUCUCGAUAACCAGGCACUCCUCUGGAACUUCUAAGACGCGGAGAAUACUUGCAUAACCCAGGAUCGUCAGAUAUAUCCCACUUGUAGGCGUGGGUCCAGAAAUAUUCCAAUCCUUUCAAGCGGCUUUAAUGGCCUCAGAUGCAAAUGCUCCAGGCGAGAAUCAGCGAGACCAUGUGUUCUACCUGGAGCAUGUAAUAUUUCUGGUAUGGUCUUGUCCCAUGCCUGUACGGUCAACUAACCGGAGUUACCGGACUGCAUGUGAAGGUCGAAGGGGUGCUCUUCAAAGUCUAUCGUCAACCAUUCGAGAACGCAUCAGAUGUCUUCUCUGAUAUGUUUGAUCUUCCUCGCCCAAGGACCAUGCAAUGUCAUCCGAAGGUCUUUCAGAUCAGAACCCAAUUCGACUGGAUGGCAUUAGCUCUAAAGACUUUCGGGCACUCCUAAAAUAUAUGUUCCCUCAAGUGAUCGAUCCUUCAGCAGAUAGCAGAAAUCUGCUCACGGAAGAGUGGAUAUCUAUUCUAAAACUAUCUACUAUGUGGAACAUGGUUGAUCAUCGAAAAAGCUCCAUCCAAAAUCUCAGGAUGCGUUUCGACUAUGACCCUGUCACGCGAGUUGUUCUCGCUCAGAGUCAUGGCAUUGACGAGUGGCUCCUCCCUGCCUAUCUUCAACCGGCUCAUCGAAAGGAGCCAUUAUCAGCCCUAGAGUCAUCUCGUCUCGGAUACGAGACCGCCUUCAAGAUCGUCGAGGCUCGUGAGCGGGCCUACUCUAACAUGCUCAGUGAGGUCUGCAACGCAUGUGCGGACAAGUUUUCACCUGCUCGAUCUCGUAUAGCUCAGACACAUGCGGGGCCAUUCGGCACUUUAAGUGCAUCAACAAGCUUCGGAGUCCCUCGUACUCAUGCGCAUCCUAUCACAACAUAUGACAUGACGGAGACGAUCAAGGACAUAUUUGGUAUUACAGCAUGAUGUUAGGUGCCCAAUUGUGAAGGUCUCCGAGCUCUCGUGAAACGGUUCAUUUUUGUCUUAGUUUAUAUCUUAUGUUUUGAAUCAUCAGCAGAUCUCGAACAGAUUUGUGUAGAAGUAGGUGUAUAUGAAUGGUCUACUCACCAAAGAUGGCAUG